AUGGCACAAGGCUGCACAUGGUGGGCGAGAUGCCCAGAGGUCAUUUGUCAGGUCGACCAUGGUGAACAGUUUCAUCACAAGAGCGAUGUUUCCAUGGAGUCUAGCUUGCAUGUGUUGCUCUUGCGUGACCCUCGUGACGUGGCCACUGCUCUGCGACACAAGAACUGCGCCAGUACAUACGAAUGUGCCAUCCAACGUAUCCGGGCUGUGUCCAAUUGGACAGAAGCUCGAUAUCGUGAGCAUUCAGAGUUGCCUGGGUCUUUUCUAUUGUUUUUUGAGGAUGUGGCUGUACACCCCGAGGAAACCCUACGUUCCCUCACAAGCUUUCUCGGCCUCGAGCUGUCCUUAAACGAUAAAGAAAUAGGAUCCUGGCGAACUGCCACACAGCAUGGGGUUAUUUGUCAGACGAGAUCUGCGUACCCGUCUUGGAUUGCCAGCUAUGUUAGCUCCGUGAUGGGAGAGGAGCUUUCCCUUCAUCUUUGGAACCAUUGGGCAUCCUGUAAUGCAACUUGGGCCCCGGAGCCGUGCCAUGGAAGGGCCGUGCUGGAGGUUCAUGAGGGCCUGCAUGGCGAUGUGUGCCGCUGGCCUGAAGGUUCCUUCACAUGUCCAGUCACGUGCAAAAAGUCGCAGGCCGAGUAUUGUGUUGGAGCAAAGCAGCAGCCAUGUCGAGCUGCAGCUAUUGCUGAUCAUUGGCGGGCAGGAUUUGUUCCAAAUCCACUGACACCUCGUGUGAUGCACACAUUCUAUGAGCAAAGUGCGCAUGACGACCGGGAGAAUGCCAGGCAACUUACCUUGGCAACUUGGGAGUAUCACUGGCGGCGAGCUGGCUGGCACACUCGCGUGCUGCGCCUUGAUGAUGCCAAGAAGUCCCCGUUCUACAAGCAGCUCCUCCUGAGAUUGAACCGUAUCCCACUUGGGCCAAAUCCAGCUUACGAGAAGAUGUGUUAUAUGCGCUACUUGGCCAUGUCUGAAGCUGGUGGCGGGUGGAUGAGUGACUAUGAUACAUUGCCCAUGCAGUUCCUCGCGAGCAGCGAUCUGAUGGACAACGGCCGGUUCACGGUGCUGCAAGGCCACGUUCCAGCACUUAUGUCUGGAAGCCAGGAGGAAUGGCGGCGCAUUUCUGUUCUGCUCACCGAAAGCGCCUUGUUGAUGACACGCCAGACACCCAUGCCAAGAUUGGUGUCGGACAUGCACGCCAUGGCAGGACUGGUCAACAAGUCAGGGCUCAAAAACAAAUCUCUGGAUGCAUUGAAUUCAAUCAAUGUGGUGGCGGACGCGCGUGACUACGUGCGGCACACGUCGGACUGCAUCGACUUCCGGUCCUUUAAUCUUGCCAUCCAUGUCUCCCACGCAUCGUUGACGGAAGGGCUUGGCCUGGCGAUGGCGAAGGUGGAGACGAAGCGUCCCGGCAUCAUGAACACGACAAUGGAACGCUUCUGGAAAUGCCACGAGAUGAACACC